AGGGUCGCUGAAACGAAAGAGGGGUAAUUUCAAUUGCAAGCUAGCUAAUGCUCUUGAGAAGAGCUAGUCCUGGUUCUCCUCUGUUUCCAUCGUGCAAAUCGCGCACCUUUAUUCAGAAUAUUGGUCUCUUGGUGACAGAAGACCCGAAAACGCCAUCCAAAGAGAACUUAAUUAAUCAAGAUGGGCAUCAAGAACAUGUGUAAAUUAGCUGGAAAGUCAGGGAAAAUGAUCGAGCAUUAUAGUAAAUUCACUCCGGUUUCGUUGAGUUUGAAAAACCUUUUAUCAUUUGGUGAAACUGCACCGGCCUCUAAGUCCUUCGAUUUUCUGAAAUAUGAACUCCCAGUUCGGCUAGGGAACAUUAUGCAGGAGAUCCAUCUCCUGCCCGAUAUCCUAAGAAGGUCAAAACCUGUCCAACAGAUAUGUUUAUUGUAUGAGGAGACAUUCAAUAGCCUUAUCAAGUAUGAAGAAUGUUCGACAAAAUCGCCUUCUACUUUAUCCAGAUUUACAGAUGAUAUUGACCUUAUCUUACAGAAGCAUUCGAGCGUAGUUGAAGUAAUGGCAUUGGGUAUCAAAGAAAUCCAAAGUAAUGAAUCGUGGUCCGAGUCACAAGAGUUGCAACUACAGUAUUUUCUGGAUCGGUUUUACGUGAGUAGAAUUGGUAUCCGAACUUUGCUUAAUCAGCAUUUCAAGCUAUAUGGACCCACAUUCUGCAACGUACAAUCUCACGUUGGGGGUAUCGACCCGGAUUGUAGCCCAGUCCAAAUCGCAGUAAAUGCAUACAAUUAUUCCAGACCACUGUGUAUUCAGGCGUAUGGUCGUGCGCCGGGUUGUGACAUUGAAAUCCACGAUUGUGUAAAUAAAGAGCGUGCAUCUGGUAGUUUCAACAAAAUUGAUUUUUGUGUGGAUGCAGCUGGUCAUGCGUCGACCAAAUCUUAUCUUUUGGACAACCAAAGGAACUGUGCGGAUUUGUCUGUGAAGGGGAAAGACAUAACAUUUUGUUAUAUACCUGGUCAUUUGUUUUAUAUAUUGUAUGAAUUGUUGAAAAAUUCGAUGAGAGCUGUUACUGAGAUCCAUAAUAAUGAUGCUCACUUGCCAAGAAUACACAUUCUUAUAUGCAACGGACCUGAAGAUAUCGUUAUUAAGAUUACAGAUUUCGGUGGAGGAAUGGCUUUAAAUAUGGUCGAAAAAACGUUUCGAUACAAUUAUACAACAGCUGUUCAUUCUGCAAAUCUACAUCCUACUGUACUAAAUUUUGAGAAUAACUAUUCAACAAUUCAAUCAGCCAGUCAAGUUACAGUAAAUGAUCGAAUGACGUGUGAAGUUGAACCAGAACGUAAUGCCUGUUUAUCUAUUGCUGGAAGAGGACAUGGUUUACCAUUAAGUAGACUGUAUGCUAGAUAUUUAGGUGGUAAUUUAAAAUUGCAUUCUAUUGAAGGUGUAGGUACAUCAGUAUUGAUUUACUUAAAAAGACAGUCACAAGAUGCUUAUGAAUUGAUUCCACUAUUUAAUCAUACAUCAAAAUCUUUUUAUGAAAAUAGUAUACAACAACGUGAUUGGGUUUCUAAUUCUCAGAGAACUUUACUUGAACCAUCUACAACACCUUAAUGAUGGGUCAUCCUUUUCUUUAUCAUCUUGUUGUUUUUGUUACUUAUCUACUUUCUUAUUCCUUUUUUGGAAGACAGUCUAUCUUGUCAUUUUCAAAAUAAUAUGAAUAAAUUAAAUUGUGUCUUUCACAUGUUGUAUUUUAUUGUUAUCAUGUAUAUGCCCUUAUCUGUGUAUGCAUUUAAUGAAAAUUGCAAAACAGAAUGGAAAAAAUGAAAGGAAACAAAACAAUACCAAGGAAUUAACCCUCUUUACUGCUUAUAUUUUCAAUGCAUUCUUUUUGUUUGUGUAUGUUGUGUAUCCUUUGUUUACUUUUUGUCUUUUAAUGCUCUGACUGAUUUUAUUUGGAUGGUCAAAUAAGAAUAAUAAUGUAUACAUUAUUUUUGGUAUGGUCCAUUCCAUACAAUAGAAUUUUUUGUCUUCACCUAUGGAACUCGGUUUAAUAAACCAUUCCUCAUGUUGUAACUGAACCGUGGUUGAAAGGUGUACAUUUAGUCACCACCACUACUUUUUGUACAUCACCUAAGUGUUUGUUUAAUUCGAUCAUAUAAUAAACCAUCUGUACCGUUAACAAUAAUGAAACCAUAAAUAAGCAUCAUUCUGUUGUACAACUACAAAUAAUUUCCUAUCGUAAGCUACCUUUUCAUCACACAAACUGCACUCCUUGGUAAGGAUAUUUUCCAUUAGAUUUUGUCGAAAGACUUAACGAUUGGUAGACAUUGAUAAUGAUUGUUUUAGAUCGUAUUUCUUUACAACGAUUCAAAAAUAAUAUUUUAUUGCCCGAGUUUUCCACAUUUGUAAAACGAAGGAUAAAUAACCUGAAAAUAAAGAGAACUUUCAUUUGUU